GACUUCGUCAUCGUUUUCGGAUCAGUCAGCAAACAACACACAAGUCUACGAUACGAAAUCUUCCCGGUGCAAGAGAGUCUCUUACGAGUUUUACAGGAUUUUCUACGAACCUACCGUACUGUGUAACGGUGGGGUUUUGGAUCCGACAAAACAGCAGGUUCUCGAAAACACAUGACAGCUGCAUUGACUGCACUAUCAAACAGCGCAACACCACACAACAAGAAUGAAAUUUCCAUCCCGACCGGUUCUUCUAGGAGUCGUUGCCGCCGCUUCCUCCGCCGCCGCCUUUUGCCCCCGCACCACAUCCGCACACGCCGUCUCCAGCGCUGCCACCAGCACCACCAAGAGAGGGAUGAUCGCCAACAUCCUUGACCUCCUGGCCGGCGGGGGCUUCGACCCCGAGAUGGUGAGCCCCUCCGAGGCCCUCCCGGGACGCACCCAGAAAAUGCCCAACAUCGACGGCCUCCGGCACUACGUCCUCGGGAACAAGCUCGAGGAGGUUCCCGAGGGACAUAAGGUCGCCGUCUUUGCCAACGGGUGCUUCUGGGGCAGCGAGAAGGGCAUCUGGCGCCUCCCCGGGGACGGCAUCCACAGCACCGCCGUCGGAUACUGCGCCGGCUUCACACCCAACCCCACCUACGAGGAGGCCUGCAGCGGCCGCACCGGCCACACGGAGGGCGUCCGGGUCGUCUACGAUCCCGACAAGAUCGCCUUUGUCGACAUUUUGAGGUGGUUCUGGGAGGCCCACGACCCCUGCUCGGGGAUGGGACAGGGAAACGACCGGGGCACCCAGUACCGAUCGGGAUUUUACUACUUUGACGACGAGCAAAAGGCCCUCAUCGAGGCCUCCAAGGCCGCCUACGAGGCGAAGCUCGGCGGGGAACGGCCGAUCACGACGGAAAUUGCCUCCGCGGACGACUACGAAAAGUACGGCGGGCUCUGGUUCUUCGGGGAGGCCUACCACCAGCAGUACCUGGCCAAGCCCGGCGCCCGGCCCUACUGCUCGGCCCAACCCCAGGGCGUGUCCGUCCCGGACUUUGACGAGUGGAACCCCUUUGCCGGAAACGCCGACCUGACGGAGAAGCACCGCCCGAAGCUCCCCGAGUCCUUCUGGGCCAAGCACGCGCCCAAGAGGGGCUGCAGCGUGGUGUCGGAACCAAACGAACCGAUCCUCGAGUCGUCGUACUUGUAAGCAACCGCGAUGGACCCCGGUCCGAUUGUAGAAUACUAGUAGUAAGCAAACACAGUAAGAAUAAAAAUGUACGAACCAUCCGAUGCGAUUCAUUCCUCCGAUCGAUCGACAAAACUGCGUUGAUUUUAGGGAAAACUGAACAUGACAACUAACGAAAACGGGUUGAACCGAACGGGAAUCAAAUGAAUUCGAAUAGAUGUAAUCCAUUGAA